AUGGAUCGAGAGUCGCGCCAGUACGAGGUGGUGCUGCUAGGAGCAACCGGCUACACUGGCCAGCUUGUCGCCGAAUGGAUCACUACGCAUCUCCCGGAUGAUCUGAGGUGGGCCAUUGCCGGUCGCAAUGCGAAGAAACUACAAGCCGUGGUUGAGGAACUGUCUCAAUUGCGGCCAGAUCGCAAGCAGCCAGCCAUUGAAACAUGCGAGCUCCAGCAAGACCAGCUCGACACACUUGUCAAAAAGACCAAACUUGUCAUCACAACUGUAGGGCCAUUCAUGCACUACGGGGAGCCUGUCCUCGCGGCCUGCGUCAACAACGGUACGCACUAUCUCGACUCGACGGGCGAGAUACCAUGGAUCUACGACAUGAUUGCCAAGUACGAGACGGCGGCGAAGAAGAACAAGACCAUCAUCAUCCCAGAGUGCGGCCUUGACUCCGUCCCCGCAGACAUCAUGGCAUACGUGCUCGCCCGCCAAGUCCGCAAGCGCUACAACACCGCGUGCGAGCGCGCCAUGCUCACGCUGUACGCCUUCAAGACGGGCAUCAGCGGCGGCACCUCGCUGACGAUGCUGGAGCUGUUCAAAAAAUACCCGCUCAGCCAUCUCAAGAAAACACGGGACCCGUAUUCGCUGUCGCCCGUCCAAGCCGAGGGCGUUGCUCCCGCGCCCAAAGGCAGUUUCCCAUACAGCCUGUUCGGACUGCUCAAUGUCCCCGAGCUCGGCGGCAUCCAGACAACGGGCUUGAUGGCGACUGUGGACGAAUGCAUUGCGCACCGCUCCUGGGGCCUAUACGAGUCGUUGCCCGACGCGUCUCUGCACUACGGCCCGCGCUUCCGCUUCAACGAGUACGCGCGCGCACCCGGCGUGCUCGCGGGGUUCGCGCAGAAAGUCUUCCUCACAUCCAUCACCAUGGUGCUCGCCAUCCCCGUCACACGAUGGCUCUUCGAGCCCCUGUUUAAGCGCCUAGUCCCGAGCCCUGGACAGGGCCCGUACAAAGAAAGCAGGAAGAAGGACUUUAUGCAUUACCGCGGGCUGGGCACAACCGCAGACGGCAGGAAAGUAACUGCGAACCUCGAGAUUGCGCAUGGCGGAUACGUGGCGACGGCCAUGACGCUGAGUGCGGCAGCCAAGGUGAUUGUUCGGGGCCGGCUGGAGAAUACCCAGGCGGGAAAGCUGGGUGGUGGUAUCUUGACGCCGGCGAUGCUGGGAGACGAGUAUGUGGAUGCGUUGAAUGAGAUUGGUGUCAGGAUCAGGAUUGAUGAGUAACUGAGGGGGGGACUUGUUGGCGAUAUAUGUUGAUUUUGGGCAUGUACAUAGCAUCUCACAGGGGGAAUGGGUUCGGGGUUCGGGUUCGGGUCACUUUUACUCUGACGCGUGUUAGUUGGACUGGGUAAUGUAUGUAUCUAUGUACUACUAGUAUCUAUCUACGAAAUUAGUUA